AUUAAAUUGAAUGAAAAUAGACGUCAAAAGAGAAAACUUCUGAAGAUGAUAGAUAGAUAGAUCUCACGAGUUUUAUAAAUUAAAUGAAAUUUAGAAACAGACGAAACAGAAAUAAAAUGAUAAAACUUUUGAAAGUGAUGGAGCAUCUUAAUUUUGUUCUCGCGAAAUAUCUACCAAGUGAAAGCCGAGAAGAAACGAUAACAACAAGCACCAGCGUGGUAACCUCGCCGAGCAAGGGUGGGAUCAAGACGAAGAAGAAGAAGAUCGAGGGUGUCGCCGGUAACGAUGCUUCGCCGAACCUCACUCCCCGCACAAAAAAGACCAAGAAGAGCAAGAAGAACGAACUCGAGAAGGAGAACAUCUCUGUGAACUGUAACUUGCAAGAGCCGAGCAUGCACCCCGGUCCCCGCCAGAUGAACCCGGAAACCCUUGAUUUCUCCAACGAGAACGAUCUGUCGAACGUGAACGUGAAAUCGCUGAAAGCAAGGUCGCUGGGUGAUCUGCGAGUAUGCGAGAAGGGUUACUCGAAGUUCACCAGAGACGCGCUCGUCUUCACCGGGGUGUCGGUCAAGGCCCUCCAGGUGGGUCAGAAUGGCGACACGAAUCCGAAUUGUCGCAGCUGCGGCAAGGUCGUCUUCCAAAUGGAACAGACAAAGGCCGAGGGUCUGGUCUGGCACAAGAAUUGCUUCCGGUGCGUCCAGUGUAGCAAGCAGCUCAACGUGGACAAUUACGAGAGCCACGAGAGCACGCUUUACUGUAAGCCACACUUCAAGGAACUCUUCCAACCGAAACCGGUUGAAGAGUCCGACGAGCCUGCCUCAGACAAACCGGACCUGGGCCUCGAGGAAUUGUCGAGCCUGAACGUGAAGUCCCGGUUCCAAGUGUUUGAGAAGGCCGGCACCGAGACGAACGAGAUCGAAAGGUCGCCGUCGCAGAUCGCUGUCAAGAGGUCUCCCAGUAUCUUAAGCAAGCUCGCCAAAUUCCAGGCGAAAGGCAUGGAUAUCGGAGUGGCGGACGAAUCACUGAAUGGGAUCCCUUACGAAGAAUCGAGCGAGAGCGAGGAGGAGGAAGACGCGGAGGAAACGGAGGAGGUGGACAGCGAGAUCGUGAAGGCGAAGCGGGCGACCCGCGAGCGCCCGAUCAGCUUCACGAAAAUGGACGACAUAAAGAAUCGUUGGGAGACGACCAGCCAGCAGGGAAGGCGCGAGGUUCAACGAGAGGCGAGGAAAGAGGAGAUCGCUGGAAUUCGUUCCAGGCUGUUCAUGCACAUAAGUGUAUAUACUUUCGAGCAAUGUAAUAUAUCUUCGCUGAAUGAUUUGUCAUCGUCUGAGAUGAGAGACAGAAGAUCAAAGGGUACAUGUCGGUACAGCUACCGGAAGGCUGGAUUUCUGUUGCAGGGCAAACAGGGUAAAAUGAAAGAGAUGUAUCAGCAGGCGGUAGCCGGAAGCGAGCGCGUGACGAAGAUCAAUGCGGCGGAGGAGAUCCAACACUCGACCCACGCUCGUUCCAUCAAAGAACGAUUCGAACGGGGCGAGCCCAUCGCCGCGUCUGACGACGAGACGGACAGCAAACCGAAACCGGAGAAGGCUGACGAGGAAGUGAUCGCAGCAGGGAUCAGCAGGAAGUCUCGGUCGCUGUUCCUGGAACUGGAUGCCACGGCCGCGAAAACUGGACGACCGGUGACUCCAGUGAAUCCCAAGACACCAGCUGAAGCUCCACGACGCGCCAGAGACGCAUUCAUGGGACGGCAAGUCUCAGAUGACGUGGUGCGCAGCUCGGACACCACCGAGGAAGUUCACGUCGAGACCUCGGACAUUUCGAAUAAAUUCAAAUUUUUCGAGUCGUACAAGGAACCGGAGAAACAACGGAAGCAGUUCCGAAUCACCCCGCCGCGCGACGGUCAAGUGAAGAUGGACUCCCCGGAACGCGAGAUCUACCGUGAUCCAGAUGUAGUGAGAGCGGACGACAGGGUGAACGAAGUGGUUCACACGGAUACCGCCAGGAAGAUGUUGUCGAUCUUCCGGCAAAUGGAAGAGAACGCCUGCAAGAAAGAGCUUCCAAAUGGACCCAAGCCGUUGAAACGUUUCACACCGCCACCGGAGGACAAAUACGCGAAGCCGACAGCUUCGGACUCGGAGGAGAACGAGGACGAGGACGGUGAGGAUUCCGAGGGCGAAGACAGCGCCGAGGAAAGGGAUCCAAACUACGUACGAGCUUCCGAUAAGGUAGAGGACGAGUUUCUCAAGCAGGCGCAGAACGCAGCCCGCGCGAAGACCCUGUGCGCGAAAUUCGAGCACUGGGAGGAAACGGACGGGAAAACGACGUCGAGUAAUCAACAUAUCGCGGAGAUGGAAAUCGCUCAAAGCACCGCCGGUGAACAGCUGAGCAUAGAAUCGGCGAGCAGUCUCAGAGCCCGUUUCGAAUCGCUCGGCUCGCAAACGAACGAGUCGCCGCGCACACCGAAGGUCAAAGUCAAUCGAUUCGUG